CGCUUGUCACGCCAAGAUCAUUGCCCAGACAGACACUGACGUUGGACUUGUUCCAGGAUUUGUUCCUCGUGUAGAGUAGAGUUGAUCCGCGAUCGGCUACCUUGACAGGCGUGCAAGUCUCCUAAUCUUUAGUGCUACCUUUAGCUGUGUGUGCGCACCUGGGGGUAUUACUGUUCGCUAGCAGCUGAGAGAACAUACAGACAAACCAGACUAAUAAGCCCCCUUCGCAGCUCUGCGCAAGCCACUCCUACGUGACUGCAGCAGUCACACUGCUAAGGACGGCAGCAGUGACAGUGACAGAGGCAGCGUGAGGGUGCCCCUAAGGGAGGACGCAAUACCAGAAAGGCUGUCUGCAAGCCGAAAUGAAUCCAUCAAAGCGUCGCAGGCAGGAGGUUGCUGUCUACGGAGGAGCCCCAGCAGAAUCACUGCGACUGAGCAGCGGACAUGCCUCGCGUUGUCUGCCUAGUUCCCUAACCUUGCUAUUGCUCAUGAUGCUAUCUACUACUACUACUACUUUGGUCAGCGCCAAGUCAAUCCAGCCUUCCGGUCACCGCGGAGCGCAGCAGAUGGUCGUGCCCGUGUCGGACGCGGAUGCGCAGGAGACGACGCCUGACCUAGCUACGAUGAGUAUGGCGUACGACGACACCACGAAUAGGAAGGCCAGGUCGGAUGAAGACCACGCGGACAGCCAUGGGUGCGCGUGGGCAGCGUUUGUGGAAGUCGAUCGCGGAGUCGUCCUGACGAGCGUAUGCGAAACGCAGAAUAUGACCUACGAAAGAAUCGUGCUGAAGACGCCCUCCAUACACCAAAUAGCAUCCCAUCAUAGCCGUCAACACUUCGCGGGUGAAGUAUUAGUUGGAAGCCGAAACUCACGCCUGUACGAUCUGGAGAACACGCAUCUGCCCAGCUGGCCAUGCAAGGAUCUCUCAGAUACUGAGAAUUUCUAUCAGACGGGGAAAUACCUGACUGCUGUAAGGGACUCCCUGCUGGAUCUAUGCAAUGGAACACAUAGCAUGCUUAUGGAGGCCCAAGAACGGCAGAAGUGUCUGGACAACGAUCCCUCGUCCACCCAAAGUACUACUAGUACACAACGUCAAGUUACAAGACGGGCAAUAAUCAGGAUAAGGCGCUCGCUCUGUGUGAAACUGCUACCAGGCCUGGAAAAGAAGGUGGAGGAAUACAAAUACCGAAACUGGCACACAUGUGCACGCCUGAUCGAGCAGCCGUCCACACACAAUGAAGUGGACGACAGCAGUGCAGACCACGAUCCACUCUCAAACUUCCUGUCGAAUGAGUCUGAUGUCGCCACCAUUUCACCUCCACUCACUUGGGAUGAACUGUCCAAAGACUACCCGGAUUUCUCGUGCACGCACUCUCGCAGCGCGCAUCAGGAUAUGGCUGCGUUCGUCCAGUAUGUGCUCAGGAGAGUAGAGAACAUCUAUACGAUCGUGAAUGAGGCGCAGAGCAAAAUCAAAGUACGCCAGUACCUGUGUGGCUGGCGUAGUGUCAAAAACCAGCUCACCGCUGCUUAGUCACUAAGACCUCUAGCUGGCCAAGAGCUGCGGCGAAAAGAGAACUUGUGGCGUGAAAGGCAUACAAGUACUUUAGCAAUUAUUUAUACCUCACAUAACCAUGUAAUAUAUUCAACCAAAUAUUUAUCAGGCCACGGCCGGAAACAUUAGAGCUGCAUCCCUCCCCCAGAUUAUCUAUUUAUUGAAACAAUCAAUGACUUAAAUAUUUCCCCACUACCAUUUCCCCCUCCCUUGUCCUACCUCCCCUCCCCCUUCACCCCACCCCACCUUCGAAUUUAUUCCAGAAAGUCACCACGAGCCAUCCGACUGAUCUCAUUCAAACUUCAGCUUUACAUCUGCCUGGCGUAUUUCCAGCUCCACUCAAUAACCCAACCCACCUCCAAUCAGCUCACUACGCAUGGCCACACGCACAGAAAUUUAUCGCUGAGUAUAUUCUCAUCACAUCACUUGACACCAAACCAUUUAUCGCCAAACCAUUAUCUUUAUUUCAGAAGGCGCCAGUUUAUUACAAUAAUUCAUUAUUAUAUGAACACCCGGCCAGUGAAAAAGGUCGAGGUCUGAAUUCUUCGCAUAAUUUUAUACGAUGCCAUGCACUUCUUAGUCCUCAGGAGAUCUCGGAAUCUAAUCCUGUCCCCAGCUUAAACCUGGAAAUACUUAUGGAAUUUCGCUUAAACCCGGAAAUACUUGUGGAAUUUCGCUUAAACCUGGAAAUACUUCGGCUUCAUUCUGCUGAAGUAGAUGCAUUUGUUGAGGUCGAGAAUCUAUUAUUCUGCACAUCAACAAAUCCUUCAUCAGUCUCACAGAGAGCAAGCAAUUGCCCAGACGGUCAAUGGCUCAUCACUAGUGGUGGCAUUGUGCAAAACGCUCAUUCACUUCCCUCUGUUGAGAAUGCAACGGGGUCCACAA